GACAAUAUCUGUAAUCCAAGUGAAAACAAGCGUCUCUGACCGCUGGAAUUGAAGCGAAACCAUCAAACUCUCCACCCCCAACACCUGAGGCACAGACCCUUUUGUAUCUAAGCCACUCCCAACACCUGAGGCACAGUCCCUUUUGUAUCUAAGCCACUCCCAUACCCCAUUUUAUACUGUAAUUUCCCCCUUAUAAAUACCCAUCCACUUCUCACGUUCUCUUCAUCAAACCCUUCACAAUCACAUGUAUACACUUCCUUAAUUUCCUCUUAAACUAGUUUCAUUAUCAUUUCCAUUUUGUUUCCUCUGAUUAUCAUCAUAUUUCAUUCAUAAUGGCUAAAAAUGUUGCUCAAUCUGCUACCUUGGCUUCCCUUGACCAAAAGCUGGCCAUGGCUAAACGCUGUUCUCAUGAGGGUGUGGUUGCUGGAGCUAAGGCCGCCGUUGUUGCUACCAUUGCCACCGCAAUUCCAACUCUAGCUAGUGUAAGGAUGUUGCCUUGGGCAAGAGCUAAUCUUAAUCACACUGCACAAGCUCUCAUCAUCUCCACUGCGGCCGGAGCUGCUUAUUUUAUAGUUGCAGACAAGACCGUUUUGGCUACGGCACGGAAGAACUCCUUCAAGCAGGCUCCUAACAAGGAAGCAUGAAUUUGAGUUGGCUGAUUUAAACUCGGCAUGAACGCCAUGAUUAUUACCAUUCAGUUGGCUAUAAAAGACUGGGUGGGGAGAGUUGUAUUUGUAUCCGUAGAAGCUAUUAGCUUCAGCUGCUAUGUAAUAUCCAUCCUAUCUGUAUAUAUAUAAAUAAAAGAUGGUUUCUAUUUACAAGUA